AUGAGCGAUUCAGAAUGGUCACCUGGAUUAUUUGGUUGUCUUAAUGACGAUCAAUUUUGUAGUAACACUUGUUGUGCCUCUUUUUUAUUUCCACAAGCCCAGUUAUUAUACCAAACAAGGGCAAUGGCAAUGAACAAAAAGCUUACAACAACUGACUUUCUAUGCACAAUGUUUUGCCCAACUUUUAUGAUUUGUGUAGUUAGAUCAGAAAUAAGAAUGAGGUAUAAUUUCGAUAAAGUAUCUGGAAGUUGUUUGCAUGAUUGUUGUGCAGCAUGUUAUUGUGCCCCAUGUGCUAUUCAUCAAAACUCGCUUGUGAUAGAUAGAAAUGGUGAUAAACCUGGUGGUUUAUUUAUGGAAUAUGAUGGACCAAGUAACCAAAAUACAGAUAUAAAUAAUGUUUUCAAUAAAAAAACAGAGGAGGAAUAA